UGUGGUUAUUAUCAGAAGAUUGUCCUCCAGCUUCAAGACAUCGUGGAUCGCUAUGAAUACGUCCGACAACAUUUGACGCCAAUAAAGGCCUCCCUUUUGGACGAAACCCUCAGAGAUAUCACAAUAUGGUUCGAUAGGGGCGUGAAUUACCUCAACUGGGACAGUCUUGCCAUCGAUGAUUUUCUCGAACAGGCAGAGAAGAAAAUCAAAUUACUGGAAUAUCAGCUAAAGGAGCUAGAUAGGAACCGGGCUACCCUGAACAAGGUUUGUGCGACCAUAUCAGCCAUGAAGCUGUUCAAACAAAUCUCCAAGGAGUACAUUGUUUCAGCCAAGGAGUACAUGGACUAUGCAGAAAGUACGCGCGAAACGGACAUGGAAGAACUAGCCACUACAGUGCAGAGCAUGUUGAAAAACUCCCUCAGCAAACUUGAGGAAGCACUCUACGAUACAAAUACAAACCGUUGCAAGAAGAUGGCGGUCGUCUAUCAGAUGUGUGAGCAGCUCAUACUGGAAGCGUUAGUGAACGUGAGUAGAUUCCUUUCAAACAACUUACUAAUAUUUUGCUUUUUAAAUUCUUAA